AUGUCGUCGUCGAGGAUCCCGCACCUACUGGAGCCCUACAUGGGUCUACCGCCCGAGGCGGCCCUCGUCGUCCUCACCGGCGUCCUUGGCGCGAGCACAAACUGGCUCAUUCUACGGUGCGCGUACUCACUCCUGCUCUCCCGCCAGUCAGCUGCCGAGCAAGUGGAGGAGGCGGACGCCGCGCGUGGAGGGACCGACGUCGCCGUCGUUCUCGUCAGCUUCAUGCGUGACAGGGCCUUCUGGAGGGAGGGCGCGAGCAAGAUGGGCUUCGAUCUGGAUACCCUCGACCGCGCGGGACGCUUCACCUUCGUCGAUGGCCUGACCGGUCUUUUCGCCGCGCCGUCCUGUUCCGAUGCGCGCAAGGAGGCACCGCUGAGAAGCCCGGCCUUGGUGGACGUGCGUCGUGCCAUCGAAGUAGCCAUGGCCAAGGUAAACGCGACCAAGACGGUCCUCAUCGUUGACCAGGUUGACGCUCUGCUCGCGGCAGCAGGGCCCUCAGCCGGCGUGACGAGCCUCUCGCUACAGAACAUGCUCCUCUCGCUUCGGGAACAUGUGCACGCCUGUAUCUUAACACUCGCUGCCGACGAGCCGCUGCUGCACACGCAAAACACAUCGCUCGAGCGUGAGCAUGCCGCACUGGUGCUCUCGCAGGCCCAUGCAGCACAGACUGUGCUGGCGCUGCGCCGGCUCGACACGGGGGCGGCGCCCGAUGUGAGCGGCGUCGUCCGCAUCACGGCGCGUGGAGACGGUGCUGCCGCCGACGGUUGCGAUGUUGAAUAUCUGUACUACGUCGCUGCCGAUGGAGGCGUGCGGGUCUUUGAGAGGGGAACAUAA